GACGUCAUAUGUUGGCGACAGGUUUUUGAGUACUCGGACAGUGCUGCAGCUGCUGUCGGUUAUGUCGCGACACUAGUAUCAGCGCUAGUGGUUGUUACAUUUCUCUGUGUUUGUGUGUUUUCAGAGCAGUUCAAUUGGAUCAUGUUGUCAUGUUCGUUAGCUCCAAAAAUAAACCCACCUGACAAAAUGAGGAAGCCGCAUUUCAUAACACUCUCAUAACACUUCCUCAUAAGUAAACUCCUCUGAUCAGUGGCAUUAAAGUGUAUCUUCUCAAAAUAGUGAUAGCUAGUGUGUUUUGCCAGGUUCUGUCGUCUGGUCAGUGAUAUUUAGUGUACUUGGACAGGUUUUCUCAGGAACUGGAUUUGUUUGAAAGCAUCAGAGAUGCUCAAUGUACCCUCUCAGUCUUUUCCGGCAGCUGGAUCCCAGCAGAGAGUCACACCAACCGGACAGUCCAGAAAUAAGGUGGCGCUAAAGCCAGGUCACAGUCUCCUGGAUUGGAUCCGACUGACCAAGAGUGGACGUGAUCUGACCGGACUGAGAGGUCGACUGAUUGAGGUGACAGAAGAGGAGCUGAAGAAACACAACACCAGAAACGACUGCUGGACCUGCAUCAGAGGUAUGGUCUAUAACGUGAGUGCCUACAUGGAUUUCCACCCUGGUGGGGAGGAGGAGUUAAUGAGGGCUGCUGGGAUUGAUAGCACUGACCUGUUUGACCAGGUCCAUCGGUGGGUGAACUACGAGUCUAUGCUGAAGGAGUGUCUGGUGGGGAGGAUGGCAGUGAAGCCCAACCCUGCUCUUCAAGCUCAGACAGAGAAGACGGAAAGCACUCACAUGAAUGGUUUGUCUGUUCCUUCACCUUUAAGACAGGAGCCUUUACCUGCUCCUCUCCCUGCCAAAGAUCAUCGCCCUCGGUAUGAUUGGUUCCAGACAGAUGGAACUGUCAAUAUUGUUGUUCACACCAAGCGAAAGAUUCCCAGCGUUGGCUGUGCAGUGGUGGAUCUGCAGGAUGAUACUCUUCGGGUGGACAUACUCUUAGGGAAGAUGUCGUACCUUCUCUACUGGCGCCUGUCCAGUGAAGUUCAAGGAAGUGUGGAUGUUCAGACAGCCCACUCCAUAGGAAAAGUUCAGGUGUGUCUCCACAAAUCUGUCAAAGAAAAGUGGACGAAAGUGGGGCAACCACUAGAACACCAUGACACAUUUAUUCAGUGUAAAGAUCGUGAACUCUUCUACAGGGAAUGUGUGUUGGUUUCGAAAACAGAUGUCACACAUGACACACAGGUCUUGCGAUUACAACUUCCACCAGGGUCACAUAUGCAAGUUCCUGUGGGAAGACACGUCUACCUCAAAACCUCUCUCCAGGGUACAGAUGUUGUGAAACCUUACACACCAGUGGAUCAAACGCUAAUACCUCCCUCACGAUCUAGUGCUGAAAUGGCCUCAGACUUACAUCUCAUGAUAAAGAUGUAUCCUGAUGGAUUGUUGACCUCACAUCUCGCCAACCUCCCUAUUGGAUCCUCUCUGUCAGUAGGCGGUCCGGAGGGAUCCUUCACUAUGCGUAUCCUGCGUGAUGUCACUCAUCUCUACAUGCUAGCGGCUGGCACGGGUUUCACACCCAUGGCUCGUCUCAUACGGCUGGCUUUUCAGGACCUCACAUCAAUCAGAAAAACCAAGCUGAUGUUCUUUAACCGUCAAGAGAGGGACAUACUUUGGUGCUCUCAGCUGGAUGAACUUUGCUCAAAAGAGGAAAGGUUUGAGGUGGAGUACGUUCUGUCGGAGCGUGCAGACUCAUGGAAAGGCAGAAGAGGGCGGAUAGAUGCUUGUAUGCUGCAGAACUUCCUGGAGAGACCUGAAGACUCCAAAUGUUUAGUGUGUGUGUGUGGCCCAACUGGAUUCACAGAGUUAGCAGUGCAGUUAGUCAAAGAGCUGGACUUCAGUGAAGAGGAAAUUCACAUUUUUCAGGGCUGAUUGGGACUUUGAAGUGAAAGAUGGAUUUCACAUACACAUACAGUACUUGCAUCUCUAUGCAUAUAAAAUGCACUUUUCCAGUCAAAACAAAAAGCUGUAGCACCAUUCUACUAUAUUGUCGUAUAAUUUGUAGAAAUCUAAUGCCACAAUCAGAAGCCUGCACUGAGAAACAGAAGUUUGUUUCUUAACUUAUUUUAUUUUAUUUUGUUUCCCAUUUGAAGUUUGCAGAUUUUAACAACGCAGAAUAAUUCUGCUAGGUUUGUUUUUGCAGUGAAGAAGAUAAGUUAUGUUUUCUGCAUUUCAUAUUUAUUCAUGACAUGGAAGAUUUAGAGCACUUUGUGUAAUGCAACUACAACAUAAUUGAGGAAGCAAUCCAUGCAACCAAUUGUGUUGCUGUGUCUCUGUAUAGCAAAUUGAAAUGGUUAGUAAGUCAGGAUGCAAGAGAUGGGUUACUUUACAAGUAUAGGUAUUGCUGUUUGGAAAUGCUAAUUUGACUGCCGAAUUAAUAAGGUUUCUCAGUAUGUGUACAGGUAAUAUUCUAAUAUAAAUUUUCUACCUGAAA